UCGGAGCGUUCCUUCCGUAUCCGGGUGGCGGGCUGAGUCACUCUAUAGUCUCUUCUUCGCUGCUCGCUGGCUGUUUGGUUUCCCCUCCGUGCCUGUCACCGACCGGCCUUUUCCCCGCUCGGUCUCUCUCGCGCCUUUCUUCCUCGCCAGGAUGCCGCUGGAAAACCUGGAAGAGGAGGGCCUCCCUAAGAACCCCGACCUCCGGAUCGCGCAGCUCCGCUUCUUGCUGAGCCUGCAGCCGCAGAGCCCGGACCCCGCCGUGCGCCAGGAGCUCAUGGCCGCCAUCCGUCAGCACGAUAUGGCCCCAUAUUAUGAAAGCCUCUGCAAAUCCCUUGACUGGCCAGUAGAUACAGAUUUGUUGAAUAAGAUGAAGAAAGCAAACGAGGACGAGUUGAAACGCUUGGACGACGAAUUGGAAGAUGCAGAGAAGAACCUGGGAGAAAGUGAAAUCCGUGAUGCCAUGAUGGCCAAAGCUGAGUAUCUCUGCCGAAUUGGGGACAAGGAAGCUGCUCUAACUGCCUUUCGGAAGACCUAUGAUAAAACUGUUGCUCUAGGACAUCGUCUGGAUAUUGUCUUCUACUUGCUGCGAAUCGGCUUGUUUUAUAUGGACAAUGACCUUAUUACACGGAACACUGAAAAGGCCAAAAGUCUUAUAGAAGAAGGAGGAGAUUGGGAUCGUCGGAAUCGGCUGAAGGUCUAUCAAGGCCUUUACUGUGUGGCCAUUCGGGACUUCAAGCAGGCAGCCGAACUUUUCCUGGAUACCGUUUCGACCUUUACGUCUUACGAACUUAUGGAUUACAAAACGUUUGUGACUUACACAGUGUAUGUCAGCAUGAUCGCAUUAGAAAGGCCGGACCUGAGAGAGAAGGUUAUCAAAGGAGCUGAGAUUCUGGAAGUGUUGCACAGUUUACCCAAAGUGCGGCAAUAUCUUUUUUCCCUCUACGAAUGUCGGUAUUCAGUAUUCUUCCAGUCAUUAGCCAAUGUAGAACAAGAGAUGAAGAAAGAUUGGCUGUUCGCGCCACAUUAUCGUUACUAUGUUCGGGAAAUGAGAAUCCACGCCUACAGUCAGCUUCUAGAAUCUUAUCGGUCCCUCACCCUUGGUUACAUGGCAGAUGCUUUUGGAGUCUGCGUAGAGUUCAUAGAUCAGGAACUUUCAAGAUUUAUUGCUGCUGGGAGACUACACUGCAAGAUAGACAAAGUCAAUGAAAUCGUAGAAACCAACAGGCCUGACAGCAAAAACUGGCAGUACCAAGAAACCAUCAAAAGAGGAGAUUUGUUGUUAAAUAGGGUGCAGAAGCUUUCUCGAGUAAUUAAUAUGUGAAUUUUUUUUAAAAAAAAAGUAAAACAAAGGAAUGCACCAUUCAGUCAGAACUUUUCUGGAAGUAAUUAUUCCUAUAUUAUAUAAUUUGUACUGUAGGUAAGGAAAUGUAACCAUGAUGUAGUUAGGGCUUUUGCAGUCUUAUUUCAUUGUGUAAACAACUGAACUGUAUGACUAUUCAUGUUUUUCCGAUCAUUGUCAUUUAUUAAAUGUACAGUACGGUUGACUGUUCUGUUCUCGA